AUCUCUCAAAGAGAGGGCUGGGAUUCUAGGGGCCCUUGGCAGACCUGCUGCCAGGCGUAAAGAGCUAUCCUCUUUACGGUGGUGGCGUGAUGCAUGUCGAUAUGUCACCAGUCUUGGCGACGUCAUCCAGGUUUUGACUUUUUGAAACGUCUCUUGUGAUCUCAAUCGCAAGCAUCGCUAGUUUCCUUCGGUUCAAUCUAUCUAAUUCUUUUCCGGGGGCAAGAUGUAUCUAACGGAUGAUCAAUUUACCUCUGUCAGGCUGACACAAAACAAAACACCUGCACACACACUGAUCCGAGUGCGGAACAAUCAGCGACGUCACCGUGAGCGACGACGACAGUAUAUCGCUUUCCUUGAAGAGAAGGUUGACCAUAGCGAACAUCUUCUCGCUCAGGCAAGAGCGAGGAUUGCGGAACUAGAAAGUAAUUGCAGAUACUGGAAGUACCGGACUGCUGAGGAGCAUCCUGGUGAAGAUGUGAUUCCGGAGUCGUUGGCACCAACAGAAGGACAACAACAGCUAGAGAAAAUGGGUGACGAGACACUAAAGACCACCUUAUGGGUCACAGACACCAGUCGCUCACCCGAUAUGGCUACCACAUCCAAGUCUCGACCCUCCUGGGCGGCAACGAAUUCUACGGUCGCAGACGGGUCAUUCACCCCAAUAGUCUCACCGCCGGAACCAUCACCAGCUUUCAUAUCGCCAACCUCUGUGCAUCUCUUCCAAAUCCCAGAACCCAGUCUCAUGCCGCAACAUAAGACAGAGAUGGACAAGGAAUCUAUAUCAGCCCUUAAAGGCGGCACAAUCUCCGGCCAAUCUGAGGACGCCUCUCAGGGCCCCUUAGGCCCGGAGUCAGACUGCAAGACAUAUCCUCCCCUCCAAGACGAAUCCACGGUACCUUGUAGUCAUGCAUCCAUUUUAAUUGCACAACAGAAUGCUCGAGGAAUGGAUGAAGACGCUAUUCGAUGUUGGCUUGAGAAAGGCUUCCGACGUGGGAAACACCAGGACGAAGGUUGUCGGGUUGAGACAUCAUUAUUGUUCGCUUUAUUGGAUUUCAUCAGCACGUUUUAAUCGUACCGUCUAGCUGCUCUUCGAUCAGGGAGACGAACUUAGAAACCCUUACUCAUUUCGUUCUAUAAUAAUGAUCAACCACCGGCUCGAGCAGCCUCGCUGCAUCCUUCUCUUUACCAUAAUUCUCGAGGUUCCUGGCCCUUAAGCAGCUGUGAAGCUGUAAUGGGAGGUCGCUAAAGAAGUUGCCUAACUUAUUCAAGUCUAGAAUCAGAUCGCUACCUUCAACGGA